AUGGAAGCAUCCGCCUCGAUCCCAAAGCAAAGGGAUGUUUUGAAUAUUGAAACUCUGAAAAAAGUAAUGGAAGGUGACGUUUAUGUGACACCUAACCUCACAUGUCUUCUCAUGCGCUUCACCCGUAUUGGUGGCGGCGACCUUGGAAUGCAAAUGGGACUGUUGUCGGUCUGGCUAUAUGGGUUUGUGUUGAUUGGUCUUUCCUUGUAUGCCACUCGGAGGUUACCUUCUUUUAAGCAGACAAGACCCCAAAGCUUAAGCCAUCCAACAAUUACAAUAUUUUCAGCGCCUACUGCCCCUGGCUCCAAGCAGAUUCUUGCUAUUCGAUCAUGGCUUGCUUUGUCACCUCAAAUCACUGUCGUUUUGUUCACUCAACACCCUUCUUUUGCCUCGGCCUUCGGUUCCCGGGUUAUGGUUGAUUCCAGUAUUGAUUUCACGUUCCUUGGCACCCCAUUCUUUCAUUCCAUGCUAGAAAAAUCACGGUUAUUUACAGCAGACAUAACUGUUUUUGUCGAUCCACAAACAGUUCUUCUCUCUGACCUCAUUUCCACUUUAAACUAUGCUUACAAUCUUGACCGUGACUGGCUUCUUCUGGCUUCGUUACGAAAUGUUUCUUACUUCCCAUUCCGCUUGGAUGAUUCUGGGGAACACUGGCUUAGAGAGGAUGGCCGAAGGGCGAGACACCAGGAGUUGCAGGAGAUACUUGAUCAUUAUCGGGAGUGGAAUCAUUGUGAGGACAGAAUGCUUAUGGCAUGGAACAACAGAAAUCUACCUUUACAUAACGGAGUACUUCCUCCUUUCUUGUAUGGCAAAGGGAUUCACAACCACUGGGUCAUCAACGAGGCCGUGUCAUCAGAAUUUAGGCUCAUCUAUGAUGCAAGUUGGACCAUCUCAUGUUUCUCUCUUAAUUAUCCCGAACAUUGGUCUGAGCAGUCAAUCAGAGGAUCCAGUGCUUUAGAGGUUGAAAACAGAAGCUGGGAGAAUGGUGGCAAUUCUCAUCUGGGUGCACUAUAUGGCUCAAUGUUUUUCCACGAAAUUAAUUAUUCUGGUCUAGCAAAGCUUUUGAAUUGUGAGGGGCAUUAUCUUUUUGCUGACAUAACAGAAGACAUUGUUUGCACCUCUGUGUGCCAGACUGGAAGUCUAUGGGCUAGGAGGGUUUUGAGAUCCCGUACCAAGAAGAAACAUAUGGCGCCUGCUGAAAAUGUUAAAUCACAAAACAGAAUAUUAAAUUGCUCCCUGAGAGAUCAGUUAAAGUCAUCAGGAUCAUUAGAUCUUCCAUUUUCUUUAGAGUCACUCCUUUCAGUAACUGCAGACAACAAUAAAACAAUUGUGCUUUCUGUGGCUGGUUAUAGUUACAAGGACAUGCUAAUGAGUUGGGUGUGUAGAUUACGCCACCUCCAGGUCACAAAUUUCAUCAUUUGUGCUCUUGAUCGGGAAACAUAUCAGUUCUCUGUCUUACAGGGCCUCCCUGUUUUCCAUGAUCCAUCAGCCCCAAGAAACAUCAGCUUUAACGAUUGCCACUUUGGAACAUCAUGCUUUCAGAGAGUCACCAAAGUGAAGUCCAGAAUGGUUUGGAAGAUACUGAAACUUGGGUACAACGUACUUCUAAGCGAUGUGGAUGUUUAUUGGUUUGGGAAUCCAUUGCCAUUGCUUUAUUCUUUUGGUCCUGGUGUUCUUGUGGCACAGUCUGAUGAGUACAAUGACACAGGACCUGUAAACUUACCAAGGCGCUUGAACUCUGGUUUUUACUUUGCUCGUUCCGAUGGCUCAACUAUAGCUGCUAUGGAGAAGGUGGUAAAGCAUGCAGCAACAUCAAACCUGUCUGAACAGCCAAGUUUCUAUGACAAUUUGUGUGGAGAAGGUGGAUCCUAUCGUAUCAGUGAUAACAGAUGUGUGGAACCGGAAACAAAUCUGACCACUCUUUUCUUGGACAGGAACCUGUUUCCUAAUGGUGCGUACUUAGAUCUUUGGAAGAAGAAAAAUGUGAAAGAAGCCUGUUUAAAAAUGGGCUGUCUUAUUCUUCAUAACAAUUGGAUUAGUGGGAGGAUGAAGAAAUUGGAACGUCAGGUUGUAUCAGGUUUAUGGGAGUAUGAUAUUAGCAGAAGGAUGUGCCUGCAGAGAUAG